CCGCGGCAUCCCCCGCGUCCGCACCGGGAUGAGCGGCUCCCGCUGGUUCUGCUCCUCCAGGGCGCUCAGCUCCGCCGGGGCCAGUAAGGCCAGUCUCAGCUCCCGCACCACCGGGGCCGCCACCUCCGCCACAGGCCGCUCCAGCACGGCCUGCGAACGCCAGCCCUAAGCCCGGACGGGCGGGGUACCUGGUUCCUGCGCCCCAGCCUCCUCCCGCAGCCCCAGGGCGGGGUCCCCUUCGCCCCCGCUCACCGCGCCCACGCGCGCCCAGCUCCGGGCGGCCAGGACCAGCUCGGCCUCGUCCACGCAGAGCCUGUCGCUGCGCAGCAGGGGCAGCAAGGCGGGCGCCGACAGCUCCAAGAAGCCGCGGGUCCGGAGCGCCUCCUGUGGGUCCACGAAUGGGUCAGGGGGCAGUCAAGUGAGGUGUGCGGGUUUGGGGUGAUGAAGAUGGGGAGCGAUACCCGGCUGUGGGCCUCUAUGAAGGCUACGCAACGCUCCUGCAGGGCUCCCAGGCCAAAGGUCACGGCAACCUGGGAACAGAAGGAAGGGCAGCAGGUUGGGGGCAGGAAGGCCAUGUGGCCCGGGCCUCCACGCCGAGGCCCACCUACAAGCCCGUCCAGCAGCACCUACCUGCAAGGCCUCACAGACCAUUUCCACAUCCAUCACCUUCACCACAAACUCCAGGCACAGCUGGAAAUAAAUGAAAGUGGGUUGUGCGGAGGCAUCUCUGUUCCAAGACCCUGGCCUCACCCCAGAAGCAGUGAGCCUAACAGCCAGGGGAGGCGAGGAAUCACCAGAGGCUGAGACCUGGCAAGCCUGAAGGGAUUAGAGGCUAGCAGCAGUCUACCUUCUAGCACAUUCCCCAAUAAUCAAACUAGAUGCAAGCCUCGUGAAAAUCCACUCUCCUUUUCUCUGAGGACAUUUGUCUUCUUCCACCUGUUCCCCUCCUACUCAGAGACCUUUUGGUCGUAAGCCAGAAACUUGAAUUUCAUCAUGACCUGUCCCUUUCACCCUCACACCCAGAAAAGUGCUGGGUCAUUCCAGUUAUACUUCUCACGCACUGCUCUCUUGAGUUUCCACCGCUACUCAUCCCUAGCGCACUGGGGAGCCCUUCCCAUCUCUCCCAGUCACCUCACCCCUUACCUGAAACCUCCAGUGAACCCAUGCCCUCUGGAUAAAAAAAAAAGUCCAAAUUCUUGAAGGUCCUUCGUGAUCUAGCCCCGGCUUCCCUUUCCGAUCUCCUCUGUCUCUCCUCCUCUCAAACUCUUGGUCCAGCCACACUAAACGGCUCCCUAGCUCCUUUUGUGCCUCAGUGACCAGAAUGCCACCUUUCCACUCCCCCUCCGAGCAAACUCCGACCUGUUCUACUUGAUCUAACACAAGUUUCCUCCUCCCAGGAGGCUUCCCUCCUUUUCUCCCUGAUGGCUGAGACCCUCUGUAGAGUCUCAGCACCACAUACCUUCCUCUACCACCCUUCUUAGGCCCCCGGGUUAAGAGUUUCCGUGUGUCUCUCUAAAGGACAAGGAUCAAGGCUGACUUACCCUGGAAUCUACUGCACUGGCCCUAAAUACCCCCACGUGCCCCUACUGCGCACACACACAGCACGCACACAUCCUCUUGCACACAGGCACACAUACGUGCCUGUUUACACAGAGAUAUCCAUACUUGUGUGUUGGUACAUGUUCCUCUGCAGGCCACAGUGUGUGUGAGGCAGGGUGUGAACUGAGCCCAUGAGAGGAAAGCGAAGCGAGACCCGGGCCUGUCAUAUAAACCCACCUCUCGCAGUUCCUCCAGCCCAUAUUCCACAGCCGCGGUCAGCACCUCCAGCACCUGCAGAGUGGGUGGUUGGGGGAGUGGGAGAGAGUUUCCCUGCCCCUCCCCUGCCCCCAGGCCCCCAGCCCCAUGCCCGAUGGGCUCACAGAGUGGCGGUGCAGCCUGACACUGUUGGUGUACAGGAACUCCAGCACUGCCAGGAAGGCCUCAGCUGGCACGGUGCUUAGCACCACAGGGCUAGGCAUCCCGGGGCCCAGCUUUGGGCCAAGAAGUCCUCGGAAGAAGUUGCAUCUACAGGCCAACAAGCACCGAUGGGCAAACACCUCCUGCCGCUCUUGACCGACCACAAAGCAAACAUCACUGUGGGGAAGGGGAGAGAACCAGGGAAGAAGAGGCCAGCAUCUUGGGUACAACCCCUGGGCUUCACCUCUGCCCACCCUGGGCCUUCAUUUCCUCAUCCGUCCUAAGGGCCAGGUCUUCGUCUUCUAGCCAAAGGCCUGGGAUACACGUUCCUGGAUUCUAGUCCCAGCUCCACCGGAUGGCCCCUCGGGCAAGUGACUUUAUACCUUUGAAUCUCAAAUUUCUCAUCCAUGAAACGAGAUCUUAAUCCCAAACCCUCAGUUCUUAGAGGAGGUGGCUACACUUGAUCACUGAGGGGGCGCCAAGGCUGAUGCAACAUUGAUCCUACCUACCCCCCUCCACCCCAGCCUGCGUCUUGAGGCAAAGGAGGCUCUUCUUGGCUCCUCCUCCAUAGACUGCAAACUCAGCCUUUCUCAGCCUCCUCCACGCAGGAGGGGGUGGGGAGCGGGGGCGCAGAGUGCACUGGCUGCAGACAGACAUGGCAGCGAUACACCAUCAUGAGACCAGACCACAUUUUCCAUCUUCACAAUCACUUCCUGCCCCAGCCUCUGGGCCUCCCAACAGCAUAGGGGGUAGGAGGCAGGAAAUGAAGCUUGAGCUUCUGGAGCCUCCUAGUCCCUGGUCCAAGGCCAGGGGUUCCCACUACUCAGACCAGACUGUAAUCCCCAAAGCAGUAGGGUUACAGGAGUCACCAGCCCUUGAGGAGGAGCUGAGCUUCCAGGGAGGGGGGACAGAGAGGUACACUCUUGUUCUGACCAGCCCUGCUCCCCAUCUUCUGUCCCUGGUUGCAGACACCACCAGCAUCCUGGGCAGUGAGCUCUAGGCAGCACCCUACUUCCUGUCUGAGGCUCUGGCUCACUCAGUCCCUUGAGCUUUGUUCCUCUUGUGAAUCCCCAGUUCCCAGAACAGGGUCAUCCGCUCCUCUGCCUCCCAGGGAGGGAUUCAAGUUACAUCUCAUGUCUCAGGAUCCAGGGGGCAAAGGGCUCUUCUCUGCCAGGAGCUCAAGAGCCAAAAAAGGAAGGCCUUUGCCUGAAGUCACACAGCUGCUCUGGGCUGCAGCCCCCACACCCUCCCACACCCCUGCCUCCCACCUCUGGUUCUCAGGACAUCAAGGACGCUGAGUGACCUGUAGUCGUUCUCCACACUUGACUUCCCCAGACUGAGUGCACCAGGGAGGAUUGUCUUCCCCACCGCUUGUGUACCCAAGGCUUCCUCGGGGUCAUGGGGCCCAGCAGAGCCAGUUAGGGAAACCUCACAGACAGCCCACCCCCUCACCUGUAUUGGGGAUUGUUGAGCAGGCUUCGGAGUGCUGUGGAAAAGGAUGCAGCCUCCCCUUGCACAACCAGUCCUGGGGUCUCCAUGGGGUGGGGGGCGGGGAGUAAGCAAGUAGAACAAUAGCCUAGGAGGCCUGUUGUCUGUCUGUAGGGAGGUGGUAGGUGGGAAGGAGCAGGAGGCCUGGCCAGGCCCAGCAGCUGGUGUGAGACUAGAAAGGCCUGAGAGGGAGGGGCAGAAGCUGGGAAAGCCUGUUUCCUGAGAAGCUAAAGUUUAGGGAUGGGGCAGGAGAGGCCCAGCUUCCCUAAGAAGGCAUCAGAGGCCAGUGGAAGAGGCCAGAGCCUGGGCUAGGGGAUGGGGACUCAGGGAGGAGCCCUAGAGAGGCUGAGGGUGGAGCAGACUGGACUGGGGAGGAGAGGCUGGCAGCGGAUGAGGCCCCAGCUGGGAGCCUGCCCAGGGAGCAGUGGGUGGGUAGCCUGUGGGUUUCCACGGAAACUGGAGCCCAGCUUGAGAGUCCCCGCCCAUCUCCCACAGGCCCCGGGAAAACUUCAGGCCUCAGAGGGGUGGGAAGCUGAGUGGAGGGUCUCAGCAUCCAGGCCCCUGCCUGUCGGGGUUUCAAACUCCCUGCCCCUCUCCCCUCCCCCCACUUGCACACAGGGUCAGGAUCAGAUUAGCCAGGCUUGGGGAACCCCCCUCAACAGGGAACUUCCUCACCCCCAUGGAGUUUUCAGAGCCCAGACUGGCUCAUCUUGGAGGGGGGCAGUCCUGUGCCUUCCAGAGGGAGGUCAGGUGAGGAGCUGUCAGCCCCGACAGAGGCGUCAUGGCCUGUGGCAUCCCUAAAAUGCAAUCUGUCAUCCCUAAAAUGCAACCACGGCUAGAGGGUGGCAUGCUGGGGACAAAAGGUGUGGCCAGCUAGGGACAAGCCCUAGGGCACUUAGGUCAUCAGGGGUCAGGAGGCCAGGCCCUGGUUCACUGCCAAGUCCAGUCACCACUCUUGCACCACCAUUGCGUCAGGUUGGCUCCGGAUCGGCAAGGCUGCCGGCCUCCCCUCCCCCUGCACACAGCCCUGAGCUGAGGAAGUCAUCCAAACCCCACCCCAGCUCUGCACAGGGAGCGGAAAUGUCUGUCCCAGUUGAGGCUGAUGGGGAGACGAAAGAGCCAUGACGUUCUCCUUCCUGUGGGCCCAGAUCCUGAUUCCCCAGCAGCCACCCCUGCAGGCUCAAGCUCUCCCCAUAUCCCAGGCUUCUGCAACUUGCUCACAACUGAAGAGCCAGACUUCACAAGGAGAGAAAUGGACAGCAGCUCAAGAGCCCCGGGAGCCACGCUCUAUAUCUGCCCCCGCAGUGGUAUGCCCUGGGUUCUGGGCCCUGGUGAUCUCCUCUUCCCUGAGGACUCAGGUACCCCACACUAGACACGUACAGUAGGAACACUUCCAGGUUAAUCCAGAGCCGGGACUGCAAGGAGGGAAACCAAACAGGAGUGCCUGCCGGGUAACCCAGGGCAACUUCCCAACACAAGAGGCCAUUACCCUCCUGCCUGCCGGUCAGGUCAGCUGGGCAGGCAAGGCUGUGGAGCUAGGAGUUUGGAAGCCAAAAUCAGCUGGUGACUCAGGUGCCUGCGGGAGUUUCAGGAGUUUCGGGAGAAGAGGGCAUUCAUCCCAGAACUGAUUCUGGAGCCCUCACCCCUUUAAGCGCCUAGGAAUCCACGCAGCCCGGGACUAUUUGAUUCACCUGCCCCCAGAACACAGGUAAGAAGGGGUUAGGGGGGGACGCCUGGGUGGCUUAGCGGUUUGGCGCCUGCCUUCAGCCCAGGGCGUGAUCCUAGAGACCCAGGAUCGAGUCCCACGUCAGGCUCCCUGCAUGGAACCUGCUUCUCCCUCUGCCUGUGUCUCUGCCUCUCUCUAUCUCUAAUUAAUAAAUAAAUAGAAUCUUAAAAAAAAAAAGAAGGGGUUAGGGGAUAAAAACCCUUAUCGCUGAGUGAAAGACCGGAUGGAGUACAAAAAUGGCCAGUUUAGGCCAUCCUGCCCAGGUGCGGGUCUUCCAGCCGACAGGUCCAUGGCUGGCAGGUCCGCGCCCCCCGGCCGCCAGGAGGAGGAUACUCCCAAAGAUCCCGGCCCGAAACUACCAGCAGCGAGGCCUGCAGGCCACCUGCCCAGUAUCGAUGAGGCCCGCCUGGCAGGCCCGGGCCCGUCCUCCCGCCGGGGCUCUGUGCUGGGCCCAGCCUCGUCCUUCUCACGUCGCAACUCCCUGGCAGGACCAGGCGCGGGUCCCGGGGGCCGGCGACCAUCUCUGGGCCCAGUGCCUCCCCUAGGCUCCAGGGUUAGCUUCUCGGGGUUGCCCCUGGCCCCCCUGCGGCGAGCGGCGCCCUCCUACCGCACGGAGCCCGCGCCCGGGGAGCGCUGGGAGGCCGCUCGGGUACAGCGCUCGCUGGAGGCGGCGCUGGCGGCGCGGCUGCGCAGCACGUGCUACUCGGGCGCCGAGGCGGGGCCGCUGACCCGGGAGCUGUGCGAGCUGCUGCGAGUGCGCCUGCGCGAGCUCUGUCCCCCGCGCUACAAGCUGGUGUGCGGCGUGGUGCUGGGGCCGCGCGCCGGCCAGGGCGUGCACGUGGCCAGCCGCGCGCUCUGGGACGCGGAGAGCGACGGGCUGGCCUCCGCCACCUUCACCAACGCCUCGCUCUUCGCCGUGGCCAUGGUCCACGGGCUCUACUGCGAGUGAGGACGCCUCCAAGUUCUGCAAAAACGGUUUAUUAUCCCAGGAGGAGGCCCUCCCCGGGGCUCAAUCCCAAUAAAUAAAUGUCUGUCAAUAAAUAAAAGUGGUCCAUAAA